AUGGCGGGAAGGUUUGCCGGAUCACUUCGACAUCGGACAUAUUGCGAACAUCUGAAAGUAGCCACUGAGUUUAAGCGCUCUGUGUUACAGAGGAAGAGGUGGCUCAUUUCUUCUUCUGUAGUAUCAUCUGUAAAACAUAAGAACAAGCGACUGCGAAAUGAUGACAUUCGGACGUUGUGUGAGACAGGAAAUCAUGAAGAAGUUUCCAAGCUAUUCAAUCAACUCCUUGAACUUCCCGUCAAAUAUCGAACAAAUUCUGUUAACUCUGCCUUGUACUGGUUUUCUCAUUACGAUAAGAUCGAGGAAGCACUUGAACUUAAUAAUUUGAUGGAAAAACAUGGAAUCCCCAGAAAUCAUUCAACGUACUCCACUCUUUCAGUCUUGUAUUCCAAGUCUGGACGGCUUGUAAAUGCUAAGGAAUUUUUCGACAAGAUGACAAAGGCUUCUUUAACACCCAGAGCACGCCACUAUGCUCCUUUUGUAGAGGCGGCUGUCAGAAAAGGACAUCUGAUUGAUGCGUUUAAUUUUGUCAAGGAUAUGCAGUCUGCGGCUAUCCAUGAGAGAGAUACUGACAUUUACACAACACUUAUUCGCGCUUGCAUUGAAAGACAAGACAGGCAUUUGACAAAUCAAGUAUUGGAAGCAUUCCACGACUUCAUCAAGUAUCGAGAUUUGUUAAGUAAUGACACCCUUGAGGCAAUUAAAAUAUGGUUUGACAGGUAAGGUGGGAUCUAUGUAGAUGGGUAGUUCUCCAGUGUGGGUCAUUUCAUUUCAUUUUAGACACUGUUAGUUUCAAAAUGAGUCAUUUCGAUGUGAGCUUAAGCAGUUAGAUUGCACAACAAUUUCAGUUUUAGUUAGUGCAUGAACAAGAAAAAUGUAUGGUGUGAAUAUUCCAGAUUGACAUGAUUACUACAACAUCAGAUGGACCUUAGAUUUAAAACCAAGGCCUUCACAUCCUCGUACCAUGCAUAAUAUAUAGAUUUAGCCAGGGCUAAAAGCGAAGCUCCUAUUAACUCGAAUUUAUAAUUCAAAUCAAACAAUAAACUUGUAUUCCACAAAUCAGUUAACUUUAGAGCACAUUCAUGUGACUUUUGAGGGAAAGACUACGUGAUUUUCGAGAAAAAUAAUUUGCAAACAGUCCAAGCUAAGAGUGAACUUCAUCUUACAUCGAGUUGAUAGCCUUUAUAUGUACACCCAAAAAAUAGCAAUCAUCUUCGAUCACAUUUAAGAGCCAUAAUGGCUCUUGAUCACAGUAGAUUAGGCCUGGAAAACACCUGCGCCGUUUUCAUCAUACAGACCUCGGACAGAAUGCAGUGUUUCACAAUUUUGCAAUACAAAUUGCACUCAUUCAAUAUUCAGGACGAUCAAAGCACGUGUGGGCUUUUAGCGAAAUCGUCAAAAAAAUUUCCAAAAUCACCUAUACGGCUAGCCAGUUCUCACUUUUGACAAGUCGACUGUUUAAAUUAAGAUUAAUAUAGUUAUACGCUUCAACACAAUAAAGAAUUUAUUAUAAAGAUCUGUAAUCUUCAAAAGCGUUUGAUACGCGCGGCAUUUUGACUACUCCUGCAAGCGAUGUUCAUGAGCGACUGAAAACAAACGGCACAGCGAUUAAAAUUGCAAAAGAGACUACUAACAAUCAAUAAAGAAAGGGAAAAUAAUUCGGUGAAACAUAUACAGAGACAACAAUUUUCAUUCACGAAGACAAGUAUUAAAGUGUCUCUGAAAAUCCUUGUUUACGUUUUAAGCCGGCUUCCCGGUGUUUGCUUUUUUCAAAGAUGAACUCGAGGCAAGAAAAUCGCUCAAAGCUUUCUUUUACAGCCAGAAUUAUAACCAAAUAUUCUUUGGAACGUUUUCUUUCUAUUUGCGGUGAGAAAAUGUCUAAAGGCUUUUUAAAGUUCCAUAAGCUUAUAAUCAAACCUGAUACUCGGUCACUCUCGGUCAGAUCAUUGUCUCAAAUCUUACAAACGUGCAUAAACCAAAUAGCCGCGUAAACUACGCUCGACUUCAUUAAAUUAGAUAUAAAAAACAAACAUCAAAUACAAUAAUUACUCAGGCUUACCUUUCGAGAUGCACUGAAAACUAUCAAGUAAGGCCAGAAUCGCUUCAGACUUUUCAACCGUCUUACGCAUCAAGCAAGGUGAAAAACGAAAACGAUGCCAUCCGAAAUCGGAUUUCCGACUUUGCCAAAGCGACGUAUUUCUCAACCAAAAACCCAAUAAACAAACUAGCCAUGAAUAACAGAAGACUCUUGAUAGCAGCUGAAUUUCACUUUGUACAUUCAGUGGAAAAAGACAGUUAAAAACAUCACAAGUUGACACAAAACUCUGUCAGCUUCAGCUGUCAAAGUAAACAAGUUUCAAGAUGCUGCAUAAAUUUUCCGCGUGAACUCACCUGUCAAAUUUUGACCAAUCAGAGUAUAAAAAUUGGACGUAGAGCGUGACCAACGCGUGACCUUGGUGAGAAAAGUCAAAAGCAACUAGCAUGUCCUCCCUGCCUGUAAAAACUGGCUUAAUUUUUAGCUGCCGAGGUCAGUUUGAAAUCAAAAUUUUAAUUGUGCGGCACAUAUAAAACACGUCAUAAUUCAUAUGAAUUGAAAAAUUAAACUUGAGCCUGCAAUCAUUUGAAAACUAGUAACUUGUCAGCGGAUAACUUCAAAAAGAUACUCGACCUCGAUGGGUCGAUACCUGAGCUCGCGAUACAAUCAGGUGAUACUGGUCAGCGGAUACCCUGUUUUGACAGCUGUCAAUUGAUCACAAGAUUGAUGUGCAAUAUGUCUGCAAUAUCAGUCUUCCUGUGCUCCCAAACUAGCUAGAAAGUGUGAGAUUGAACAUUGGUUGCCCUGUGGUGCGGACGGACGGGCGGGCUGAGGGCGGUGUACGGUCACGUGAUUACCAAAUUUUCUGGGAUGGGUAGAUUUACUUACCCAUGGUGCUCCGCAGGCGCGCUUCGCGCACCAGAGCUCCGCUAUUACAUGAUAUUAGUAUGCAGAACAAAGUAUCCUGAGAACGUGGACAGAUUUUGGAAAAACCACGCUAUACAGUUAUAGUGCUGCUGUCCUCCCCCACCAAGAAUACGUCUGCAGGCUCGUAUUUUGCUCGCCCACAAUAAUGCAUAUGUUGUAGCUAAUUUUUUAUCUCAGGUAAUUUUUUUUUUUUAUCUUGUUUCAACGUCAUUAGCAUACAUUACUGUACGCGAAACAAAAGAAAAACAGAAAUUACCUGAAAUAAAAUAUUAACAUAUAUAUUACAGGUCAAAAUUAAAUUCAGGUUAAAAUUUUUUAACCUAGGUUGAUUCUCAAUUUCCUUUGUCUCCUAACCCUAAAAUUUGGGAUAGUUAUUACUCCCAUGGACUGAAGUUUCCUGUCAAAGAAAUUACAGUUGAAUAUGGUUGCACCAUAAGGUUUUGCCUAAAGUUAAAACUACAGGAUAUCUUGAUUACAGUCAGCAGGGUUCUUACUGAGUCUUGAAUUCUUGAAAAAGUCUUGAAAUUUCCCCAGCAAUUUUCCAGACCUAGAAAAAAGUCUGGAAAAUGGAGAUAAAGUCUGGAAAAAUGGUAAAAAGUUUUGAUUUUUUUUUUCAAAGCUACAACAAGUGCUUUAGAAGUGUCUUUUAAAUAUUCAUUUUGGUCAAAUCGUAUUCAAUCUUGCCCAUUUAUUUGCAGCGCAUCAUGAAAAAAGCUUUGUUCCUGCAUUUUUUAAGGUCUCGAUUGAUCACUUAUUUGAUAACCUCGAGUUUGGGAGUAAAUUGUUGUGGAAAAAGUCUGGAAAAAGUCUUGGAUUUUGGAUCCAAAAAUCUGUACGAACCCUGAGUCAGGGUUAGGAGCAAAAUGAUCUUUAGAAGAAUUGUCUGUGAACUCUUUUUCUCCUGAUCAUUAACUCCAAAAAGAGUGUGUCUGUCAUUUUCUCUUUCUCAGGCAAAUGUUACCCAUAUGGAAAACUUCAUGGUCAAGUCUUUCAGUCACGUAAGUAUAAUCAUCAAAAUUGUGUCUUGUAGCAGUGCAACAUGAGCUGAGAGUGUGAACAUAAAGUCAUUGGCUGGUAAUAAAGAUAAUCUGUUGUAAUCAUCCAGCCAAUUAUCCCUAGCAUACAUUGGAAGUCAAUAUCUGAGGGUAUGAGAUAAGGAGUUUAUCCUCCAGGUAUUCACCUUCCCUGCAUUCCCCUGGGGAGAAACUAAAUAAAGUUUAAAUAAAGUUUACUUGUAAAAACCCUACCAUGCACAUCAUGACUAACCCACUGUAAUCAAAAUCUAGAUGCAAAUGUAAAAAUUCCCAGGGUGUACAUACAUGUCUGUAAAGGAAUGCUCUGCACUGACCUUGAAAGAACAUGCCCUUUAACUUGACCAAAGGUACCAUUUCAUUUAUAUUCCAUAGGAAAUGGUUUCCCCAUAUUCUAUCUGGAGUAAAUACACUGCAUUCCUUUUUUUUACACUUAUAUGCUGAGUACCUUUGUAAAAUUCUUAAAGUGGAUCAGCUGUUAGAUGCAUCCCUUUAUGAUACUUUGAAAGACCUUUCUUAAAUUAUACAUUCUUAAUCCUUUGCCUUUUCUAUAUAGUCUGCUUGCAGCCUGCCUUUUCUCUUAAAAUCUGUCUAGUUCUCAUCUCAGCCAACACAAUUGCAAACCAUGACGUUACGUUACGAUAAGGGAUUGGGACAAGACAAGAAAAGAUGGACUGCAGACUCUUUUGUAGUAAACUAUCCAUCAACCCAGAAAUGGAGUAACUGAUUGGUCAAUUUUACAGCUGUUUACAGAUCAUUGUCUGGUCUGUGGUGAGAUUGCAAGCGAUAAAAAUAGUCAUGCAUCACAACUAACUACAAACAACAACAAACCAAGGGGCAAUUGCUUGUAAACUAAAAUGUUUAAAGAUAUUUUACUGAAGGAAAGUCCUGUAAAUUUCCUUAAGGGAAAGGAAUACAAGGCCACGUUACCAGAUUUAAAGAAAGUGUGAUUUUUCAGUUGUUUAUGUUCUAUUUAUAAAUCGUUUCAAGUUACUCAGGUUUAAUUGGUUAAUUAAAUUAUCUUGACAGCUUCAUUGUACCCACACAGAACAAAAUAGUCAGCAGUCUCCUAAUUUUUCUUCUCGGAAUUACUCCCUCAUUUAUAGAGGCUCCUGUGCUUGGGUUUCGCGUGUAGUAACUUUGCAAAGAAAAAUAAGAGACUGGUCGCAGUUUACCUUGUCUAUGUCUUAACGCAUGAAAUCCCUAACUCUACCUCAGUCCAUGUCUUAAAAGGCAGGGUAUCCUUGUGUAGUCCGUUGUUAUUUUUAGUGAUUAUUCACUGGCAGAAAUCCCUCCAGGGCUCAUAACAUGCUACUGUAAAAUCAAAUGACUGUAUCUUUUCUUCACCAGAAAUCACUGCAAAGCCUGCAAACAAAGCCUUGAUACAGGUCAGUUUUCUGUGGCAGAACUGGAAGAUUUGAAACAACCACUUGCUGACCUCUUGUGGGAGUAUCACAACCUCAAGGCUCUUCCUCCUGUUAAGUGUUUUACUUCUUCUGGAGUUUAUGUUGAUCAUGUUCAACCAGGAAAAAGGAAUAAAUUUCCUCAGAGUAUUGAACAAUUUAUGCAGGCUAGUGGACCAUACGAUGUUAUUAUAGAUGGACUCAAUAUUGGGUAUUUCACAUCUGGGUUCUUUGAUCCUAGGAAGGUGAAUAAUUUUGCAAAAUUUCUUGCUUCACUCAGUGUUGUGUUUUCCCCAUGUUUGUUUUGCACUUGGCCCUCUGAUUUCACAUUUUACCAAUAACUUAUGAAAAAGUCUGACUUAAUAAUGGAAAAUAAACCCUUUCAGCUUGUAUGUGUUGUUUCCUAAUUCAGACCAUGUGAUGUUCUUAAUGGAAGUUGUUUUGUCCUCUCAUAAAUUAUGCACACAUACCAGGUAUUGUUUUGAUAGGUUCAGAGAGCAUUCCCAUAAUUUGUUCUCAAUUUCAUUGACAAUAUUACAAAGAGCUUUUCAACAAUCUCAUGUACAACGUUAUUCAGUUUACCAUAUUUGUUACCAGUAAGCAAAUGUCCUCUUGGGACUAUAUCAUAUUUUUAUUACUUGAUGAAACACAGCUCUAAGAGCAAACUGUCUUCUUUCUUUAGCUGAACAAACUCACAAAAAUAACAACUAACUUCCCCUAUAUUUUCUAAUAUCUUUCUGUGUAUGUUGCAGUUAAUUUAUUAGUUUAGUUAAAUUUUUUUUUCUGUGUUUUAAAUUCAUUAGUGUACAUUACCAUACCCCUAUAAAAUGGAAAAAUAAAAAUUAACUGAAAUAAAAAAAAUAAUUAUUAACUUCAACAUGUACAGGCAGGUUCAUGGUUAUAACACAUGUAACUCAAGUCGCUUCUAUAUUCAUUUUUGUUUUGUUAGUAUAGAUACUUUUGUGUUAUCUAAUCAAGCUUCUGUUUUCUGAUGUCUGCAAUGCUCCCAGCUUACAAUUUUCAUUCUAAAGUGAUUUUGAUUUAUUCAAAUAUUUUGUACUUACAAGUACCUUUGUCAAAAUAAAUUAAUAAAUGAACUGGAAAAAAAAAAAACAACUGAACCCCUACUGAUGGAAAUUUAACACAAUAAAAUGAAAUUAAAAUUUAACUCUUGUAGUGAGGCCAAUGCAUGCCUUGUCAAAACAGUAAAGCAUCAUUCCCCCUUUACAUUAUAUGCCAUUUCCAGAUCUCCCAUAGUACACCCUGUUUGCCCCCCCAAAGGUUUUGCAUAACCUUUGUCAUUCAUUUGCCUUGGCUAUUACAGUCGUCCCAAGAGAAACUGAAACCAUGUUUAUGUAAUUUUUUUUUGGGGGGGGGGGGGGGGGGGGGGGCAAGGGGGGCAAAAAAGGGGCAUUAGGGGAGAGGUGCAAGGGGCAGGUACAAGUGUUAUAACAAAAAAUGAAAAUUAGGAGUGCAUUUUUUGGAAUUUUAUUGGUUUACACGUGUUUCAGGGUGCAAAUAGUUGUGUUAAGAAUAAAUAAUUUUCUCCUUCCCCCUUUAAAUUUCUCACCCUUUCCCGCCCCCCCGGUCUCCUCCCUUUCUCCCCUCCAUGUGUUUUUUACUGUCCGUUUUUAUUUUGUUUGCUUGGUUUAUCAGAGUUAUACAAUAACAAAUAAAGUUGUUUUUUAGUUUUUUUUGUUUGUGGGGGGGGGGGAGGGGUGGGGACAAGGGGGGCAAACAAGGUGCAUUAUGGGAGAUGUGCAAGUGGCAAGUACAAGUGUUAUAACAAAAUAUGCAAAUUAGGAUUUCAUAUUUCUGUAUUUUAUAGGUGGAAAAUGUAGUAUUACAUUUCUUAAGGCAAAACAAGCGAGUUUUGGUGGUAGGUUCUAGUCCAAUAAGAAUGGAUUUCCAGAACAGAAGAAAAACGGAUGUUGGACAAAUACCAUUAGAAGGCCUGAUCAGUUUACUGUGUGCUCAUCAACACUGUGGGGUAUUUUGUCUAAAAGAAAGGUAAUUCAGCAUUUUUUUUUUCUUCCAUAAAAAUGACCUUUUGGUUCCUGUGUGGGAAAUUGUGUCUUUAUCACAUCAUUCUUAAUUUAAUAGGGAAUAUAACUUGAGCCUGUAGUCAGCCUGGUGAAGGGGCCCAAAUCACCCAAGAGCAUAUGCAGGUGAUUAGCUAGUAGCUGUUACAACACAGUAAACAUGACUUUCAUCUCUGCAUGUAUACCUUGAUGAAAGGAAGGAAGACUUUAUGAUGAGAGGACAGAAUGGUCUCCAAACAAUUUUUCUAACUAAAAUAUAAAUUGGAAACAGUACAGUGGAAGAAGCCAAAAAAUUAAAAUGUUAUAAAACACUAAAAUAUAAACGAUCUGUCCAAGUUUCAAGUCUUUGUGGCCCACAGUUUCUGAGUUAUUUGCCAAAACGUUUCAUGCACCUUCGUAGAGCUUUGUAUGGAGACGCCAUAUUGGUGUACCAUUUUGGUCCACCAAUAUAGCUGCCAGAAAUCUACAAAAACGUCUGGAGUUCACUUUUUCUAUAAAAGCUCUUUCUGUUCACUCGAGAACUAGCAUAUGUGCGCAUAAACAUAUCUUCUGGUGAUACUUGAAAUGGUUAUACUGCUGAAAAUCAAGAGAAGAGACUUUUUUUCAACGAAACAGCAUUCCUUUUUUGGUGUCACGCACCGUAAAGACUUAGUAGUUCAAAUUGCUGUAUUUUCGAAAUGAAAUGUGCCAUGGGAAUGGAAAGUUGUACAAAGUUUUAUUUUUUGUUCAUCUUCAAGCUAGUAUAAGAAUAAUUCGUAAAACUUCGCGGUUUUGACUUUACAAUUUGAUGACUUGGGAACAACCCUAUACCAAUUUGGGCAUACAAAUUAUUUAUAAUUAAUUAAUUGGAAUUACCUAUACAGUAUAAAAGUAAAAAUAUGUAAACUACACAUAAUAUAUUAUACUCUAUGAUAAUCUAAAAUAACUGAGAGAGAAUUGUAAAAUUAAAUGGUUAUGAUGUGCAGAGAGGAUGGCUCUUACAUCCAUCACCUAUCAUUGAGCUUAUUUUUUUUAAGAAUUCUGCUUUUAAAGAUGUUCACAGUUUUUGCUGAUGUUAAAUCAGGUGGUGAUUUUCACCAUAACCUAGGCCCAAGGGUUAGUAUUUAGCCAACCAAGACUAAAGAUUGUCAGUGAUGAAACUUUAUUCAUUUUAUAACAUUUUGUUUCCAUGCAACGGUUGCUAAGAUGUGUUUUUUUGUAAGAAAUGCCCCUUUUUAAAGAAGAUCGAACAGACCAAGUCACUGGCCCCAACAAUUUGUAGAUCCAAUUGUCAAAUAAGUAAUCUAUGGGUAUUUGGCUAUCUGAAUCUGUUAUCAAACCUUUUGUGUGGUGGGGGUGGUACGAUGUUGUAUUUUUUCUGGCCUAUGCUCCUCGACAAGAUGCAAAGAUAAAUCAUGAAAUAACAAGAAAACACUGUGACCCUGAGGUUGUAUGUCAAGUUUGAAAACUCCAUGGAAAGGUGAUCCUGUUGUAAGAGAGGGGAAGAGUUAAAAUUUGUUAAUGAAGUAGAUAUAAAGAAGCUCUUUUUGGUUUAUUUGGCUGCUAUUGUGAGAACAAAAGGAACUUUAUUGGUUUACAUGUUACAAGCUAGCCAAUGAAUUUGUUAUUUUCAUUACCAAUGAACUAGUAAUAAUUUUGAGGGAGUGUGAUUAAUGAUUCAUUUGUUUUUCCAGUUCAAUAGAUGAUGUGUACUUUCUGAGUGCAGCCGUCCACUGUGGACCAGGUACUCUUCUGGUGUCCCGUGACAUGUUUGGCAAUCACAUCAGUAGAAUGGAUCUGUGGAUGAAAAUUCAAUUUAGGAGAUGGCAAAGACUUCACCAAAUGGUUCCUGAGAGGUUCAUAGGCGACAACCCAGUAUUUUUUGUAUGUACUAAUAUUUUACUGUUUGGUUUUGACAGAAGCCGACCAUCUUUUUCAAAAAAAUAUACAGUAUUAAAAUCUUUCAUUCUAAGUUAGGUAAUAUGUAAUUCACUGAGACAUUCAAGCUGUCACGAAGCUUAUACUAUAUAGGUUCAUGGCACCACCGUUGCCAUGGUACAUUAGUUGUGGCCUUUAAUGUCAGACAUUUAGUUGUGGUGGUUACUAAUCUUAAAUAUAUCUGUUACAGGUCAAAAUUAUGUUGAGGUUAAAUUUCUUAAACCCAGGUUGAUUCUCUAUUUCCUGUCUCCUAGCCCUAAUACCUGAAGAAUAGUUAGGUCUAAGAAACAAAUGAAAUUUCAAAUCAACCUAGGUUAAAAAGUUUUAACUUGAAUUUAACGUUGAACUUUGACAUGGCUCAUAAGGAGGCCUGCAAUAAAACCAAGAUAUCAAUAAUAGAGUGGUUUUCGUUUGAGUGUCGUAAAACCAAAACCAAAGUAAUUACUCUGGCCAAUCACAUAGGACACAGACAAUACAUUGAACCAAUCAAAACUCGAAGUAAUUACAUGUGGCUGACGCAAAGCGCGGGAAAAUGCAUGCGAGCGCGUCACAAUUGGCUUUGGUUUUACUUCUGAUUGGAUGAAAAGGUGGCGCGAAUCUUUUAAGCCAAUCGCAUCGUGUAGAAAGUGCAAAACCAAUUACUUUUCGACACUCAAAUGAAAACCGCUCUAUCAAGCAGGUAUUUGGUUAUUCUGAACACUCAUCUAAGUAAACAGAAGUGGGGAUCCAGUAAUCUUAAUUGUGUCAAAAUAUGUGCAAGUCACACAUAUUUGUUUGUUUGUUUUUUUUUUCAUCUCAUGUUUUCAGAACAAGAUUCCUUUUGACCAUGCUGUUCAAACUACAGGGGACAGCUGGCACUUUCCAGCCAAGGAUGGAAAACAAUGGCUAUGCAUUAGAAAAGAAGAAACUUUUUCUGCUCUUCCUUAA